GUUCUUUUUUACACACAAGCGAAGCCAGCUUCUGUCAUGGCAGGGGCUGCACAUAGGCAUUUACCAAACAGCCGCGGCAUGCCACUCUCCCUGACAGCACCUCCCUGCCCUCUCAGGAGACAGACAGACAGGCUGAACGGAGCUGAGAGCAAACUGUAGUUAACUGUCUGACAAACACGCCCUCAGAUCAGCACGACAAAGUGGACAAAACUGCUGAACACAUGUCACCAGGUCCAACCAGAUAAUGUGGCAGCAAACUGUUUGGACAACUGACGACAAAAAAGUGAUGGAAGGACAAAACGGAAAUAUCUUGCCUCAUAAAACAACAGAGAAUGGAACUAAAGGGAAGCCCCCGUACUCAGUGGAAACCCCUUAUGGCUUUCGACUUGACCUGGACUUCCUAAAAUACGUAGAUGACAUAGAGAAAGGCAACACAAUCAAAAGAGUACCCAUCCAGCGCCGAAGCAAAGGACCACGAGCCAGCACUCUUCCCAGGCACCUCAACCCAUCUGGGGGUGGCAACCGCCAGAGCCCCUGGGGAUCUACUGGAGCUCUUGGCCCAAGGUCCCGACUCUCAGAUGCCCAUCACCUUGGCUACACAUCCUGGGCAAAUGAUAACCGAUCCCAACUUUCUCCCACAGGACUUAAAUCCCUGGCAGAGAUGGAGGCCCGAAUCAAGGAGUUUGACGAGCAACCUCUGGGUGAGCACAUCAGACCUCACCUCCUCCGUGCCUCCAGUCUGCCACUCACAGUAUUACUGAGGCAGGGAUCUGAGUCCACAGAUGACCCCGGAAGCCUCCAGAGUUCGAGGGAUCAUCUUGAAGGGAGAAACACCUCCUGUGAAGACGUCUUCUACUCCUCGGACAGCCCUCGACCCCAGGGCUGCUCAGGUCUGUUAAGGCGCCUCACUGAGGCUCUGGAACGUGUGGGGGAGCUUGAGAUGGAGGUGAGGGUGGUUCCAGAGCUCAGGGCGCAUAUCUGCAUCCUCCAGGAGGAAAGAGAAAGACUCCGUUUGGGCUUGAAUCCACAUACCCCAACCCCCUCACGGAAUGGAAACGCAGAUCCUAACACUUCCUCCCACUAUGGAACAGUGGAUGUCAAAAGGCAUCGGCAUGAAAGCCACGUCAUGUUUCCUAGAAAUCACAACGUCAGUCAAGAAGACUCUAAUCCCAGUCACGAGUGGAGGACUAGUACAGAUCUGGAUGAGCUGCUGACGGUGACGUCCCUGCAGGCUAAAGUAGCUGUGCUGGAACAAAAGCUCCACGAAACUGGCCUGGAGCUGCAGAGGGCCUUAGGGCUGCUGAGGGAGCAGCAGGAGGAGAGCAAGAGGAAAGAUGAGAAGAUGGAGAACCUUAUCAGGAACCCUGCGAUGUGGGUUCAUGCAGAGAGGGUGAUGGUAGAACAGGAUGGAGACGAGAAUGUUGUGAGAUCCAUUAAACCAUAUAAUAAAGUGUCAAGAAGUCCAGAUGCAAGAACUGUUACCACAAACGGACAAAGAAGUCUACAACGAGACCAGCCAGUGUCUGUGGAAGCUGGAGACGCUUCAGAUGAAACAGCAGUGGUCGUCCACUACAUAAAGAAAAUCAAGAGGCUCCUGGAUCAGCAGUGGGAGUGUUUAUGUGCAGACUGUGAGUCAGGAAAGGAGGGUAAACCUCUACAGCACUCAGACCCCAAAGUCAACUCCCUGCAACAGGAGAUGAUGGGACUUGUCGACAUUCUUACCUCCUACUACACCCAGCAUGGUCACAGUGAUGGAGAGAGGCUUCAACAUGGAGCCUCUAAAUCCAUCAUGAGGACAGAUGGAUGCGCCCGGAUGUCAAAAAGCCUACAUUCUGUGGGUGUUAAUGAAGGACGCAAAAGUGGAACUCUGGUUGGGCAGGGCUGUGUGAACAAGAGCGGGCAGAAGGAGGGCAGAAUCAGCCCUACAGAAAUGGCUGGUCUCCAGGUGGAUACAGACCCAGAGAAGACACGGGUGGAGGGAGUGAGGCAAACGAGCCCAGACAGACAAAUGAUAUCGGGAGGAGCAGGAUCAGGGCGGACAGAUGGAGGUGUAGCGUCUGUGGAAGCUGAGAAAACGGCCAAAACGAAAACCCCAGGAGAACAGAUGGAGGGGAACUCUGGCUCACAAAGCAGCGCCGGGGGCAGAGAGACCAUGAAUGCAGAUUUUCAGGCUGCCUGUCAGUUCCUCAAAGAUCACAUGGACAACAUGAAUAACCCCAAUGAUGACAUGAGGAAGGCCCUGGUCGUGUUGUUUCAGCACUGGUUCAGUGCGGCAGCAGAGGAGGCUUCAGUGUCCAGCAGGGUGGCUGUGUAUCUGAGAGAAGUGAAGAAGGCCACGCCUUCACUGCUGGCCUUCUUGACCAACCUGGCUGACGACAACGGCAACACGGUGCUGCAUUACAGCGUGUCCCACUGCAACUACAGCAUCGUCAGCCUGAUCCUGGACACAGGUGUGAGUGAUGUGAGCCUUCAGAAUAACGCCGGCUACACAGCAGUGAUGCUGGCCUCCCUCACAGCCCCUGAUGGGCCAGGUGGCAUGGAGGUGGUCCGCAAGCUAAUGGAGCUGAGCAACAUUAACAUUCACUCCAGCCAGACGGGCCAAACAGCUCUGCACUUGGCGGUGAGACACGGGCGAGUUGUGAUGGUUCGCCUGCUGCUGAGCUGCGGAGCAGACGCUAACCUGCUGGACAGCCAGGGAACCACGGCCCUGAUGUUCGCAUCUGAGAGGGGCCACACACACAUCGCGAGGCUGCUGCUGGAGAGAAGCCAGUGUGACCUCACCCUGACUGACAAGCAUGGUCAAACUGCACUCUCUAUCGCCAUGCAAGGUUCCCACACUGACACAGCCGCCCUCCUGCAGGCUCAUGCUAAAGUUCGAGCUUUGUAGAAGCCUACUGGAAAACUGAAAAAGAAUCUGCAGACAUUUGAUGCUCUCACAUUUGCUCUUUUCUGUCUGAUGCACUUUGAAACCCAGCUUAAUGCUGACGCUGUGUGCUUGGGUUGAGUCUCUGCUGUCAUAUUGUUUCUGAAUUAUGGACAUCUGCACCAACAUUAGCUUCAGUUUUGGAUGGGAUGACGUAGUUAUAGCAAGACUCAUCCGUGAGUGAGUUAACGCUUAGAUGUGUCAUGACUGCUAAUGCAGUAUACAGUAAAUGUGCUGUUUACUAUUGUCUUUACUGUUGAUGUAAAAACAUCCCAGUUAUGUCUAAUCUUUACACAUCCAAGUAGAAGCUUAGCUUUGCAAAUUAUGCAAUUCAAAUAUAUUUAUUAUGAUACGUUUAUUGCAUUGGUCACAUCAUUCUGUUGACAAUCAUCAAAAUGUGUGUGUUGUGCGUUUCAAGAAUUGUUUUUGCAUUCUCACACCACUUUUUAAAUAAAAUGUGUGUAAAAUAUACAAAGAAAAGAACAAUGCUGCAUGCCAAAGAAAGACAUUCUUGGUGCCAAUAAACCAACCUGUUUAUUUCA